GCAGUUUGUGCCUCCUCAAGGCUGGUGCUAACUUACCAUGAAAUUCGCCGUUUCUGAAAACGCUCGUUAUCAACACGGAUUUUGUGUUAUCGUGCCAGUCGGUAGAGACUCAUUGUGUUUCUUCGUAGUUUCCAACAUGGCCACUUUGACAGCUUUUAAGUGACAAUGAUUUGAAAAACUUUGUGAUAUUUUGAGUUUGUGUUGUUGUUUUUCAGAGAUAUUAUCAAAAUGCCGGAAGAAGCUGUGAACAGACGGUUCUCGUUGAUGAACUUGCCCAUCAACUUUCCGCCUCCUCAACAAAGGCGGAUGUCAGUUAGAAGCUUUUAUUGGGUUAUGGUUAAUCCAUUGAUCGAGGAGGGUGAUCGCGGCCCAUCAGAGAUGACCGCGUCCCUCGGAGUAGGUGGCGACAGCGGCGGUGACAAUGCCAGCCAUGGCCAUGACGGAACUAACAACCACAACGAUGUCUACACAGUCUCAGUCACUGGAGCCUACGACAACAAAGCUUUCAAAGGAGAUGCCAACAAUGGUGAACCAAAGAAACCCCCACGAGAAAUUUCCGAUGAAGAAGCCUUCCAACAAGGCAAAUUUAAAAUGUCCACUAGGGAAAAAUGGAGGAUUCUUAAAAACGUUUCCGCUAUAUCAUGCGCCUUCAUGAUCCAGUUUACAGCUUUCCAAGGAACAGCAAAUCUUCAAAGUAGUAUAAAUGCUAAAGACGGUCUCGGUACUGUUUCUCUCAGUGCAAUCUACGCGGCGCUUGUAGUUAGUUGCAUUUUCGUGCCAACUUUCCUUAUUAAAAAACUCACCGUUAAGUGGACUCUUUGUUUCUCGUUGUUAUGUUACGCUCCGUACAUUGCCGCACAGUUUUAUCCUAGGUUUUACACUUUAAUUCCUGCAGGAAUACUCGUUGGUAUUGGCGCAGCUCCUAUGUGGGCAUCGAAGGCUACGUACCUCACUCAAGUUGCAGGAGUUUACGCGAAACUUACAGACCAAGCAGUCGACGGUAUUAUUGUGAGGUUCUUUGGGUUCUUCUUCUUGGCCUGGCAGACCGCAGAAUUGUGGGGAAAUCUUAUUUCUUCAUUAGUUCUCAGCAACCCACAUGGUAGUGCCAGCAAUCACGCUAACGCUACGCCGAACUACGAUGUAUGCGGAGCAAGCUUUUGUGUUAGUACUAUCAACAAUAAUGGAAAUUUAGAGAGACCAGAUGAUAAGGAAAUCUAUGAAAUAUCUACGAUCUACUUAGCGUGCAUAGUAGCUGCGGCUAUUGUCAUUGCAGUGGUUGUUGAUCCACUUACAAGGUAUGGUGAAAAACAGGGACGAAGAGCUAGUCAAGUAGAACUCUCAGGAAUCCAACUGCUGUCAGCUACAGCCUACCAACUAAAGAAACCCUACCAACAACUAUUAAUUCCGAUUACAGUAUGGAUUGGUAUGGAACAAGCCUUUAUAGGAGCAGACUUCACGCAAGCAUACGUUUCAUGUGCGCUUGGUAUUCCUUCAGUGGGCUACGUCAUGAUUUGCUUCGGCUGUGUCAACGCUAUUUGCAGUCUUCUCUUUGGAUCCAUUAUGAAAUACAUUGGUAGAGCACCUAUCAUGGGUCUUGGACUUUUAGUUCACGCAGGUUUGCAAACUUGGAUGUUGAUCUGGAAACCUCAUCCCGAUACUCCUUAUCAGUUCUUUAUGGCUGCCGGUCUCUGGGGUGUUGGAGAUGCUGUAUGGCAAACUCAAGUCAAUGGUUUAUACGGUACGCUUUUCCGUCGUAACAAGGAAGCCGCCUUCUCCAACUACCGUCUUUGGGAGAGUGUGGGCUUCGUCAUCGCUUACGCCUACUCAACACACAUCUGCGCUCGUAUGAAGCUAUACGUGCAACUGACCAUCCUCUUGUCAGGAUUCUUACUCUAUGUCAUCGUCGAAAUUCACCAUCUUCACAAGAUUAGAAGACAGAAGGAGAAAGAGAGGAAAGCAGCUGAAGCAGCCAAGAACAAGGAAAUUCUUCCGCCAGAACCGGAAGAAACUGACGACGAAAAAGACGAUAUUGAUGACGAGAUUAUUGUUACGCACUUGUAAAUUAAGCAUUCCAGUUUUGCAAGAGGUUGGUCAGCGUUGCGAGAAGGGACCAUUACGGAUAUAUUGCCUCAUUUUUUAUACAAUGAAGAAAACAACAGGAAUCAGCCAGUAACUUAUCAGUAUUUGUUGAACAAGAAAGGAUUUCCAACGUGGAACCUUGAAUCGAUAGUUAGAAAGUUGUUACUUGUGUAUAUUGUAGAAUAUCAGUAUCUUGAUUAGAGUUCAAAGUGUGUUGUUACAAAUCAUAAAAGAUGAAGCAAUGAAAACUGUUAAUUGUAUGAAUGAUGAUUAUGAAGUUAGUAUAUUAUAUCCAAAACCAGUUUCAUCUCAGUUUUAAUUUGACUUAUUAAUCGUUUUUAUGCCUUUGUGUUUAGUCUUUACUCAUGAACACAUAAGUAUUGUAGCCAUUUUCCGAACAACUUAUUCUGUCUACUUCCCCAUUAGUUAAAAGUUCCUAGUCUUACUACGUUUAUUAGAUCACAGAUAAUAGUACUAUAGUAGUCGAUACAUCACUUUAAGAUGCACCACACUAAAAAUCUUCUUAAACAGCUAUACAUGUCUGUCAUCUGAUAGUCCUUUAAAAUAUUUUUGAACUCAACCAUAUUGGUGAAGAUCUACACUGCUCAUUGCCUUAUAGGUAGAUAUAUUGAUAUUUUGGAAGUUAACUGGGUUAUUUCUUAAUGCGUUGUAUGCUUAUAUUCCCUGUUAAUAGUAUUUGCCUAUAAAUUUAACUUCGAAAUGAGAUAUAGAAACGCUAACCAGAGUGCCAUUUUAACAAAAAGUUCUUGAGUAAAGAAAGUAUUUGCACCAAUAUUUUUUUCAAAUAACUAUUAAUCUUCCGUAGAGUAUAUGAGACUUCUACAAAGUAUUUUGGAGUCUCAACCAGUAACUUUAUGUUGUUAUUCAAAUAUUAUUUAUAUAUAUUUUAUUUUUCUGAUAAUUUUAGAAAAUGUGUACAGUAAAUAUAAAUAGAUAUUUGUUAGAUUGUACAAUAUAGAAGCUAAGUAUUCAAAUUGUAAAGUAAUCAGUAUUUUAAAAGCAAUACUGUAGAAAUAAAUUCUUUUAAAUUAUU